AUGGCUGUCCUGGCUCUCUCCAGCAUCCCCCUGCCGUUCGUGGGCUUGUGCCUGGUGGUCGCCUUUGCACUGCACCGCAUCUACUGGGAAUUGACCACAGGAGCAACGAGACGUCGCAUGAUCAGAGAGAAUGGUUGUAAAGAACCAUACGAUUAUCCUCACAAAGGUAUCCUUGGCAAACUGUUGGGUCUGGACGUCAUUAAUGAGCUGUUGAAAACGAGCAAGGAGGGUCGCAUGCUCGAAGCCAGUCGCGAACGUAAUUUUGGCAAGGGCCAUCAUACCCUUCGUCUGAGAAUCAUCGAGCGAUCAAUGAUCCUCACUCGCGAGCCUGAAAAUAUCAAAACGAUCUUGUCCACAAAGUUUAACGACUACUCACUGGGCGCCCGACGGAGAGAUGCCUUUCUGCCCAUUUUUGGCCAUGGAAUCUUCGACCAGGACGGUGCUGCUUGGGAACGGUCCCGCGCACUAGUUCGACCCAACUUUACUCGACAGCAGGUGGCCGAUCUCGACAUGUUUGAGGCACACAUUCAACACCUCAUUGAAUCAGUUCCUCGGGACGGCUCCACGGUCGAUCUCCAGGACCUGUUCUUCGGCCUGACCAUUGACUCUGCCACCGAAUUUCUCUUUGGCCGGUCCACCAACUCACUUGCACCUGGCUUGGAGACCAAGUCGGCCAAUCAGUUUGUCGAGGCCUUUGUCUACCUGACCGAGUACAUUGGAACAUCCGUCCGUCGUGGCGGCCUUGACAAGUUCAUCCCCAACCAGGAAUACCACCGAAAGAUCAAAAUUGUGCACAAGUUUGCCGACGACAUCAUUGAGGACGCUAUCAGAGACGUGGAUGCCGGCAAGAUCUCCGAGAAGCACCGAUAUGUCUUCUUGUACUCGCUUCUCAACCAGACCCGGGACCGGUACACAUUGCGGUCGGAGCUGCUCAACAUUUUGCUGGCUGGUAGGGAUACAACAGCCGGUCUCCUGACCAAUACCUGGCACGUCUUGUCCAAACGACCGGACAUCUGGGCCAAACUCAAAGCCGAAGUUGAUACUCUGGGCGGUCAAAUCCCCGACUAUACUGCGAUCAAGGAGAUGAAGUAUCUCAAGUAUGUUCUCAACGAGUCAUUGCGUCUGAUGCCAGUGGUACCGGGUAAUUCGCGGGAUGCCAUCGUCGACACCGUCCUUCCUCUCGGAGGUGGGCCAGAUGGCAAGUCUCCAGUUUUUGUCCCCAAGGGAACCGUGGUCUCGUAUUCUCCGUGGUCGAUGCAUCGUCGAGAAGACUUUUAUGGACCAGAUGCCCUCGAGUUUAUCCCUGAACGAUGGGAGACACUGCGACCGGGAUGGGAGUAUCUGCCAUUCAACGGUGGGCCGCGGAUCUGUGUUGGCCAGCAAUAUGCCUUGAUGGAAGCCGGUUACACCACUGUGCGUUUGAUGCAAACUUUCCCACGGAUCGAGAGCAGAGACAGUCGGGAAUGGCGAGAAUGGCUUACAAUCACACUUGCUAGUGGAGUGGGAUGUAAGGUUGCCUUGUUUGAGCGAUGAGGACAGAGCUUCGUCUAAUUUCGCCGACGAUACGACGACAUACGAAUAUGCGAACUUCCGACGUUGACUUGAAUAUUGUGUCCAGACACAUCCGGUCCAGGAUACAAAGCACUAAACUUGUUUCGAGUACGGAGGCUGUUAAUGAGGCUGAUUCCGAGACGUAUCUGGUGCCAUGGGG